AUGGCAGACUCAUUUGCUUCCAGGACAGAGUCGUUCCUCAAUUGGUUCAAGGGACUCCCAGGAACGACUUUCCACUCGGAUAUUCAGAUUCAAGAUUUGCGCCAAAGCAACCGCGGCAGAGGAAUCAUUGCUACGGCAGAUAUUCCAGAAGAAACGGUUCUCUUUACUAUUCCCAGAGAUGCCAUCAUCAAUACUCUGACUUCAGAUCUGCCCAAGAGAGUUCCUCAGAUCUUUGAGGAUUCCACAGCCGGUUUGGAGGAUACCGACAAUGAGGCCGACGAGGACGGCGACGCUACAGGACCGCCUGACUCUUGGGUGUCGCUGAUCCUUGUCAUGGUCUAUGAGUACCUGCAAGGCGAACAGUCAAAAUGGAAGCCAUACUUUGACGUACUGCCCGAGGAGUUCGAAACUCUCAUGUUUUGGACCGACAAGGAGCUCGAGGAACUUCAAGCAAGCGCCAUUGCCUCCAAGAUUGGCAAGGAUGAAGCAGAAAACAUGUUCCGCGUCAAGGUGUUGCCUGCAGUUCAAGAGCACGCCGAUGUAUUCUAUCCUCAGGGCGCUCAAAGGUUGAGCGAAGACGAGCUCAUCGCAUUGGCACACCGAAUGGGCAGCACAAUCAUGGCGUAUGCUUUUGACCUUGAGAAUGAUGAAGACGAGCCGGAACCCGAGGAUGAGGACGAAUGGAUGGAAGACAAGGAGGGGCAGCUAAUGAUGGGCAUGGUACCCAUGGCCGACAUACUCAACGCUGAUGCCGAAUUCAACGCACAUGUGAAUCACGAGGAAGGAAGCCUCACAGUGACGUCUUUACGGCCCAUAGCAGCUGGAGAAGAGAUCUACAACUACUACGGCCCGCUGUCCAAUGGAGAUCUGCUCAGACGUUACGGCUAUGUGACCGAGAAGCACAUGCGGCACGACGUUGUAGAACUACCUUGGGAUAUGGUGCUCUCUGCAUUGAAAGAGCAGUUGAGAUUGGAUGAGAAGGUCUGGGGCAAGGCGAUUAAUGACUUGGAAGACGAGGAAAUUGAAGACGUCUUCGUACUAGACAGGGACAUGGAAGGUCCAGAUUCGCAGGGUCGGCUCCAUGGCGAGAAGGAUUUUAGACACCUGCCUGAAGAUCUUCAGGAACAGAUCGCAACACUGCUGAAGGCUGUGAGAAAGACAACGCCUGAAGCCAUCCCAGACAAGCGCAAGCGCGAUGAGAUUUCAAUCACGGCCAUACAUCGCGCAUUGCAGCUGCGUCUCGCGCAAUACCCCACAAACGAAUCUCAGGACAUUGCCAUUGCCCAGGAGGCAGAUAAUUGGACCAGUACAGCACUAGCUUCAGGUGCCAAUGUCUCUUCAGAGGCCAUCAAGUCGGCACAUCGGAAAAAAAUGGCCACGGUUGUGCGUGUUGGCGAGAAGAAUAUUCUCCAAGAAGCCAUUCAACUCGCCGAGAGAAGGUUGGCAGAGCUGAACGAAUCAGAUAAGUCGGCUGAGCCAUCGGCAAAACGAAAGAAGACGUCGCGAUAG